UCCCUCCCCCCCCUCUUUCUUACCAGCUGAGCUGGGUAUUUAAGUCUGCACAGAGGGUCUGGCUAAACACUUUCCAGACUCCAGAGGAAGAGAAGGUAAAGGAAGAAGGGUCCAGAAAAGUCGGUGAUCAUGAAAUUCCUUGCCCUGUUUUUCACAGCAGUCCUGCUGGGAGGCUCCUUGGCCAACCCUGUCCCGGAAGAAGGGACAAAAUCCAAAUGGGAGGAGACGGUGGAUGUCUUCAGGGACGUAGUGACCAGGAUUGGGGAUGCGGCUGAUGAUGCCACUGCUCAGAUCAAGAGUUCACAGCUCAGCAAGGAACUGGAUGGCUUUAUCACAGACACCAUGGCGGAGCUGGACCUCUACACAGAGAACCUGCGCUCCAAGAUAGGCCCCUACGCCCAGGAUGUGCAGCAGCGCCUGACGACCGAAAUGUCAGCCUUGUCCGAGAAGCUGCGGACCGACAUGGAGGAGACCAAGGGCAAGGUGGUCCAGUACACCAACGACGCACGCCUGAUGCUCAACCACAACAUGGAGGUGCUGCGGUCCCAGUUCAACCUCUACAUGCGCAAGAUGAAGAAGCGCCUCACGAAGGACGUCGACGACCUGCAGAGGAAGUUUGAAGCCUACAGAGCGGAGGUGCAGACCAACGCAGACGAAAAGGUGGAAGCCGUGCGCCAGAGCCUGGAGCCCUAUUUCUCCAAAAUCCGCGAGAAGGGGCAGCAGCGUUUCCAGGCCCUGGCGCAGGCCGUCGGCGAGCAAGGGAAGAUGGUCCAUGAGCAACUCAACAGCCGAGCUCAGGAGUUGAAGGACUCCUUUGACCAGACGGCCGAAAAGGUGCGCGAGUGGUUCGCCCCCUUGGUGGAGGACCUCACCACCCGGAUCCAGGCCAUUGUGGAGAAAGUCAAGGAGGCUCAGGCGCAGGUGGAGGCACAGGCCUAAGGCCUAAGGCCUGUGCUCCCAGGAAGAGCAACAUGGCUGACCUCCGUUUCUAUGGGAACCAAGAUGGCUCUCUUUGGCUGGACAGGCAUUGACGGUCCUUGCUGUAUACUAACCUCACACCGCACGGCAGGUCCCCCUCCCUGUCCAGCUCUACUUGGCCAGAGUGCUGCCAUUUUGGCCAAUUAACAUUCCACACACUUUUCUCUGGUGACCAGCACUUUCUAGGUCCUCCAUUAGUAACCGCUGUUGCACCUGCGAACCACUGACAAGAAAAGGGCGCUCUGCCCUGUUUCCCCAUUUUAACACCUCACACCCAAGACACUUGUGUCAUUCCUUUCACCACAAUUUCUUGGCUUUCCUGGUGUUUUUUUUCUUUCUUUCCCAUUUUGACCUGUUAACUGAAUAAAAUGUACUUUGGAUA